AUGAUUCGCCGUUGUUCUCACUGCAAUCAGAAUGGCCACAACUCUCGAACAUGUCCUAAUCGUGGGGUUAAACUCUUCGGUGUUCGUCUCACAGAAGGCUCGAUCCGAAAAAGCGCCAGUAUGGGUAAUCUCAGCCACCACUCGAGCUCUGGGUUAGGUGGCCAUACCGGAAUCGGGUCGGGUUCUCCCGGCGAUGUCCCCGACCACGACGGUUACGCUUCCGAGGAUUUUGUUCCCGGCUCUUCUUCUAGCCGCGAGAGAAAGAAAGGGAAUCCGUGGACAGAAGAGGAGCAUAGGAUGUUCUUGUUGGGUCUGCAGAAGCUUGGAAAAGGUGAUUGGCGAGGUAUCUCCAGGAACUAUGUGACAACGAGGACACCUACUCAAGUUGCUAGUCAUGCUCAGAAGUACUUCAUCAGACUAUCCAAUGUGUCUGGCCGCAAGAGACGUUCUAGUCUCUUUGAUAUGGUUCCUGAUGAGGUAACUGAUGUUCUUAUGGAGUCUCAAGAAUUGCAAGUGGAGAACAUUGAUUCCGUGGAAACACAAAUGCAGGGGGCCGAAGAGUGUGAAUCCAUGAACUCCACCAACUCUAGUGCUGAGGAGCCACCGGCUGCUGAUUCUUACAGGCAAGAAGAAGCCACCCAACCGCAGCUACAAUCACCUGGUUCAUUCCCUGUGGUAUAUCCAGCUUACUUGGCACCAUUUUACUCAUUCCCACUCUCGAUAUGGCCUGCUGGGUAUGUUACUGAGCCGUCAAAGGAAGAGACUCACGAGAUUGUCAGGCCAACAGCUGUGCACUCAAAAGCAGCUCCCAUUAAUGUCGAUCAGCUUCUCGGUAUGUCUAAGCUCAGCCUCGGGGAGUCAAGCCAAAACGAACAGCCUCUCUCACUGAAACUCAUUGGAGGGUCGUCUUCGAGGCAAUCAGCCUUUCAUCCAAACCCGUCCUCUGGUGGUUCGGACAUGAAAACCGUGAUUCAUGUUGUCUAA